CUCACAAACCCUCAAGAGAAAGAAAAAAACGCAAACCCCAGAGCCACCAGAUCCAGCGGGAACCCGAGCUCAGGCGGCGUCGCCAUGGAUCCCCUCGCCGUGCUCCGGGACUACGCCGCCCGCGGCGACCUGGACAAGAUCAUCUUCAACGGCGACGACGUACAGUUCGGCGACGACUACACCUUCCCGGCGAACGCCCCCACCGCCUUCGCAUCCAAGCAGUCGGGUCGGCCCUACCCGCUCUCCGCCGCCGUCUUCCUCGCCCAGCACAACGACCUCAAGCACACCGACUUCCUCCAGGCCGCCCGCCUCCGCCGGAUCCCGCCCGUCUCCCUCCCGGACCGCAAGACCUUCCUCGACUUCCUCCAGUUCGGGGACACCUCGCUCCCCUCCGAGACCCUCCUCCCCUCCUCCCUCCCCCACGACGCCCACCACCACCACCCGCCGCCGCCGCCGCCCGGGGACGCGGACGACGACCCCGACGCCGACGACGCCUCCACCGCCCACGUCCGCGCCCUCGAGCGGCCCCUCAAGGACCGCAACGCCGUCCUCGACGCCCGCGGCCGCGACUUCCUCGCCGCCUACCACGCCGCGCUGCGCCGGGAGGAGGACCGCGUGCGCAACAAGGACAGCGCGCCCUCCUCCGCGGCCGGCCGGCACGAGCCCUCCGCCGCGGCCGCCGCUGCCCUCGCCAACCCCAAGGCCGACAAGUCCUUCGGCGACGGCUUCGUGCCCAUCAUUCUGGUGCCCAGCGCGUCGCAGACGCUCAUUACAAUCUACAACGUGAAGGACUUCCUGGAGGACUUCGUGUUCGUGCCCAGCGACGAGAAGAUGCGGGCGAUGAAGGGCAGCCCCAAGCCGGAGUGCGUGACCGUGCAGAAGAAGCACGUCCGCGGGGCUGGGGGUCCCGCGGCCUUCGAGGUGAGGGACAAGCCGGCUUCGCUCAAGGCCGACGAUUGGGCGCGGGUGGUGGCCGUGUUUGUGCUCGGAAAGGAGUGGCAAUUCAAGGACUGGCCCUUCAAGGAUCAUGUGGACAUCUUCAACAAAGUUAUUGGUUUCUAUGUACGCUUUGAAGAUGAUAGUGUGGAUUCAGCAAAAGUGGUCAAGCAGUGGAAUGUCAAAAUCAUAUCUAUAAGCAAGAAUAAAAGGCAUCAAGACAGACCAGCUGCUCUUGAGGUGUGGGACCGGUUGGAUGAAUUUGUGCGGGCACGCACAUAGGUGAACCAUCGUGCGUAUCUAACUGUGUGAUCUUUCGCUGUUGUGACCCAAACACUCAAAUACCAUGUUGAGUGAUGGAAGUGGACUUAUGCUGGUUGAGUUGUCGACCGGGGAAACAAUCACCCCUAGAUCCCAGCCUAUUUCAGGUGCCGGUCGAUGGCAGAAUGAGAUGCCAGGAACCUACCUUCCUGCGCUCACGAGGAUUUGCAUCUUAUGUGCAUUUCAUUCGCUAAGCUAUGAUGUAGUCUUCUAUUGAAUCUUAACAUAUUAACUUUAGACUGGUGACAUGGUGCUAGGCUACUUCACCCGCAGCAUUGUCGAUGUCGGUGUUUUUUCACCAUUUCCUUUGGUGAAAAUGGAGGGAAUUGCGGCAGUUAGUGGUUAUCCACCAAAUGAACAUUGUCUGAUUCCAUUGUUGUAGCAACGCGAGCCAAUCAGGACCUGAAA